GAUAAAGCCUUUUCUGACUGAAGAAAUCUACAAACAUGUUGCUCUCCAUUAAGAAACCAUUUGUUUGUGAGACCUGUGGUAAAGCUUUUACAAGUCAUGGUUAUCUACGCAUACAUGACAGGGUGCACACUGGCGAGAAACCGUACGUUUGUGAGAACUGUGGAAAAGCCUUCACACAGAAAGGUAGCCUACACACUCAUGCGAGAGUACACACGGGUGAGAAAUUAUUUGUUUGUGAAUCCUGUGGUAAAGCCUUCACUGAUCAACGCAGUCUACACAUACAUGACAGGGUACACACUGGUGAGAAACCAUUUGUUUGUGAGACAUGUGGUAAAGCCUUUACUGACAAAAGUAAUCUGCGCCAACAUGACAUGGUACACUCCGGUGAGAAACCAUUUGUUUGUGAGAUCUGCAGUAAAGCCUUUUCUACACGAGGUGGUUUAAAUAGACACAACAGGAUGCACACUGGUGAGAAACCAUUUGUUUGUAAAACCUGUGGUAAAGCUUUUACAAGUCAUGGUUAUCUACGCAUACAUGACAGGGUGCACACUGGUGAGAAACCGUACGUUUGUGAGACCUGUGGUAAAGCCUUUUCUGACAAAAGUACUCUAGGCAGUCAUAAUAGGGUCCACACUGGCGAGAAACCAUUUGUUUGUAAAACCUGUGGUAAAGCUUUUACAAGUCAUGGUUAUCUACGCAUACAUGACAGGGUGCACACUGGUGAGAAACCGUACGUUUGUGAGACCUGUGGUAAAGCCUUUUCUGACAAAAGUACUCUAGGCAGUCAUAAUAGGGUCCACACUGGCGAGAAACCAUUUGUUUGUAAAACCUGUGGUAAAGCUUUUACAAGUCAUGGUUAUCUACGCAUACAUGACAGGGUGCACACUGGUGAGAAACCGUACGUUUGUGAGGCCUGUGGAAAAGCCUUUACACGGAAAGGUAUCCUACACAAUCAUGCGAGAGUACACACGGGUGAGAAAUUAUUUGUUUGUGAAACCUGUGGUAAAGCCUUUAGUUCGAAAAGUAAUCUGCGCCAACAUGACAUGGUACACUCCGGUGAGAAACCAUUUGUUUGUGAAACCUGUGGUAAAGCCUUCACUGAUAAACACAGUCUACGCAUACAUGACAGGGUACACACUGGUGAGAAACCAUUUGUUUGUGAGACAUGUGGUAAAGCCUUUACUGACAAAAGUACUCUAGGCAGUCAUAAUAGGGUGCACACCGGCGAGACACCAUUUGUUUGUGAAACCUGUGGUAAAGCCUUUACACAGCAAGCUAAUCUACGCCAACAUCACAGGGUACACAACGGCAAGAAACCAUUUGUUUGUGAGACCUGUGGUGAAGCCUUUUCUACACGAUGUGAUUUAAACAGACACAACAGGGUGCACACUGGUGAGAAACCAUUUGUUUGUGAGACCUGUGGAAAAGCUUUUACUCGGCAAGGUCAUCUUCAAGCACAUACCGUUGUACACACUGGUGAGAAACCAUUUGUUUGUGAGACAUGUGGUAAAGCCUUUUCUGACAAAAGUACUCUAGGCAGUCAUAAUAGGGUCCACACUGGCGAGAAACCAUUUGUUUGUGAGACCUGUGGUAAAGCUUUUACAAGUCAUGGUUAUCUACGCAUACAUGACAGGGUGCACACUGGUGAGAAACCGUACGUUUGUGAGACCUGUGGAAAAGCCUUUACACGGAAAGGUAUCCUACACAAUCAUGCGAGAGUACACACGGGUGAGAAACCAUUUGUUUGUGAAUCCUUUCAUAAGAAAUGUAGUCUUCUAUUACAUGACAGAGUGCACACAGUUGAGGAUACCACUUCUUUAAGGCCCCUUUCUCACAGGGCUGCGACCUUUGUACCACCUAUGAGCGACCAAACUAUUGCCAGGAUGCUCAAUGAUCGCCUAAACCCAGAAAAUCCUGUUUCUAUGUAACUGCUCCAGCAAUCCUUGUGUGCCUCCCUUGAACCACCAAAAAUGCAAAUUUCGGGCAUUUCCAUGUCGAGCUACGAGCGACCUGUGGGUCCACUGAGCCACUUGCCUGCCUCCCCUGUGCUUCCCUUGUGCAACCAACGGCAACCAACGCGAUUAUAGGCAACAUAGGCGACCCCCGAGCAAUGUUUGGGCAACCAUUGAGCCUCCUCUGUGCCUCCUCUGUGCCUCCUCAGUGCCAUCAUCGGCGACCAACAGCAACUAACGGCGAUCAUUGGUCGACCAUUUGGCCAUGCUUCUGCCUCCUAGGCGACCCUUGAGGCACAAGGGAGGCAGAAGCAUCGCCCAGAUUGACGGUAAAAUUUGCAAUAGAACGGAUCUAUGACGUGGCGACCAUUGGCCGACCAUUAGUGCAUCCAUUCUGCAACCAUGGCAAUGCUUGUGCCUCCCUUCUGCCUCAUUUGAGCCACCUUUGAGCAACCAACCUCCUCGGCGACCUUUGUGCGACUGUUUUGA